CUCAUGAGCCGGUACUCUCACUCCGGAUUUGCUGGCCCACGAUGACUUCAACAUAAACUCUACUAUCCUUGUUGUCCCCGCUCAUUGUUCUUCAGAAGUAACAAGAUUUCAUCCGCUCCCUGGUCAUUGGGCCAACACGUAUCAACCGGUAGGACGACGGAAGUAGAGAACAUCUAGAAACAAGACUAUCACAACUCAAAGACUAUGGAGACGCUGAAGCGUAAGAGGCCAGGGUGCAAGCUAAUAGAGGCCCACAAGAAGACCCGGAACAAUAGUCCGGCCGAGUCCAGACAAAGGUGUCCAAUCAUGGAGGUCUUCCACCAGUAUGGCUUACUGGAAAUGAUCGUAUCCAGCCUAUAUCCAGACGACUUACUGGCGCUGUUAUUAUGCUCAAGAUCCACCCAUGAAGCGAUCUUACCACAACCUGGUAGCCUAGAAAAUUUGCUAGGGAAGCUCAAAUGCUCCGGUCGAGGUGUACAUGUCCGCAACAAGCGUCACAAGAAGUCUACUUUCUUCUACGCUUAUGAUUGUACUGAAACCAUAAAGUGUGGAGCAAAAGAGUCUACCACAGAGUGCCGGCCCUGUGCCAGAUGUAAAGUCAGCACUUGCGACGAAUGCCGCAUUCACUGCGUCUACCAGAGCAUAUACGAAACACCUUGCGAUGAGGAUGAACUGCCCAACUUCAGCGGCUUCAUUCUGCUGUCACCUCUCGAGGUGCCAAUCCUCAGCCCACAUCACAUGGAUAGUGACGAAGCUGGGUCGCAGUGGCAGGAUCCUUCAAACAGUCUGCAAGCACCAUAUCAUGAUCAAGGCUUCAUCGACGUUCCGUUUGAGGAAGAUAGCUUUGGUCUACCUGAAAGCGUCGAAGAUCUUCUAGAAAUGGAUCUCGGUAGCCACACGUUGGCUGCAUCAGCGUCUUCGAGCGUCGCUCAUCCUUCGCCGGUCCUUCGAGCUUUAUACCAAACGACGGAGCAGCGGAAACGAUGGUUCUGCGAUGAAUGCCGGCCAUCCAUCGCGACCCAGGGUCAAGAGAUUCCUCAAGCUUCUCAAUGCCAGUGCACUUUACGCAAUCACUUUCUUGACCGGUGGUUGUGCCUGCGCUGCUACGAAACGGAAGAACAUGAUCUUGACGCAUCCUUUGUUGACCAAAAAGAGCGUUGCGCAUGCGGACGACAAGAUGGAACUAAGACAUGUUUGUGGUGCUGGGGAGAAGUGGUACAUCCGAUGUUCGAAUUUGAAGAAGUACACAACGGAGACCGCACCGAAAAUACCAAUCAGCCAUAGCGUGCCACUUUGGGCUCUGUUUCUUUUGCUCCGGCAGCAUUCUGUACUUCGAACUGUUGACUUCUGUAUCCUAAUACCUGUAAAAUCACCCUGUAUACAUCUAUAAUCUCAACCUUUUGGUCCUGGCCGUUUACUCAGCCCGUCCCGUUCUGCUCGUCGAGGUUGACGAUAUACUUCCUCUUAUGAACAAUGGUGCGUUGAUGAAGUCCAUAACGAGCUGUGUUUGCAAUUCACUCGUGUCUUUUUAUUAUAUCUGCCGCAACUCGUGGUUCUUAAAGCAGCUCAAGGUCCAAUUGAACUAAGCACAAUACGCUUCGUGUUGCGAUCCACAGCAAGCAUGUUUCGGCCAGCUACACUAUCGACGCAGACAGAGCACUGUUCUCUCCUUACUCAUAUGCAUUCCCACGUUGUUCAACU